AGCUGAAGAUUGUUAAGGCGCCCUGAAAAAAGCAAUCCAAACACAAGUUACGACAGACUGUGCGGAGUUAGUCCUCCUCCCUCCCAAUUCAAAUAUUUUUCAAACUCAUCGACCUCCAUUUUAGUAGUAAAAAAUUUGCAAGAAUUCCUUUCAAACAAAACUGAAAUACACAGGACCAGGAGAUUCGCCCACACCCAAAUAAAAUAUAGUAGUAUAAUAAUCCCAAAUCCAGCUGAACGCAUCCAGUUUGGAUCAUAGCCCAAGCGACGGGGAGUUAUUGGUCGGUCACGCGAUCGAACCCAGGUCUCAUCGACUAGACUAGGAGUGCUUGUUUUUAUCUCAGGGAGUUUGCUUUGGAUCGGACGGCGAUCAGGGUCUUAAGACGCAGUGCAAUUCCGGAUAUGGUGAGGAAAUGAAGUUGUUUUGGCGGCGUCCGGAAGAGAGGGGCGCCUGUACUGUGUCAACACCAGUUUGAAGGAAACCAGGUUGAAGAUGGGAGAGCAGGUAGCGGGAUUGGUGCGGGAUUUGGUGUUGCGCAUGGUGCCGAGAGAGAAUGUGGGGGAUGAGGGAGUGGAGAGGGCUUACCAGUACGCAAUGCGAAUAGUCGGCAGCCGAAUAACGCCAUCGCUGGCCACAGACGAGGCGGCCAUGUCGGAGGCCAUCAAGCGCCAGCUCGUUCAUCAAGGUAGAUCUUCUGACGCCCUUACUUUUGCUGAUUUAUACCGCCGGUUUUCUGCUCAGUCCUGCAUUGAUAACAAGUGGGCCGUGCUUUACCUCCUGAGGGCCAUUUCGGAGGACCAGAGGAAGGAGAGGGGGGGCCUCUUCACCUCCACCAUCUCUGCUCCCGCCUCCGUGGGUGGCCUUCACUCCCUUCCUGAUAGCUUCAGGGGUUUACAGCUUUAUAACGAUAAUAACAAUAGUAAUAAAAACCCAGAUCAGUAUAAAACCCUAGAACAUCAUCAUCCAGGUGGGGUGCUUUUGCUGUCUAAAGAUCCCGAGAAUGCAAAGUCCUUGGCGUUCCGGGAGUAUGUGGAAGUGUGCCGUGAAGAGUGUGAAGUGACUGAGGGUGCCCUGGUGAAGGACGUUCUUUAUGCUUGCCAGGGUAUUGACGGCCGGUAUGUCAAAUUUGAUAAGGAUUUGGAUGGUUUUGCUGUGGUAGAAUCUUACAGGGUGCCCAGGGGUACACGUAUUCUGGUUAGGAGGCUGUGCGAGUUGGGCUGGCUUUACAAGAAGGUUAAGGGUUAUAUUUCAGAGAGUGUUGAGUGUGGGCCUAUCGAGGCGAUUGGAACCGUGGGGCAGGCCUUCUGCGCUGCAUUGCAGGAAGAGCUGUCGGAUUAUUAUAAACUGCUUGCGGUCUUGGAAGGGCAAGUGCAUAAUCCUAUACCAGUUAUGGAGGAGGGGAAGAGUGUGGGGAAUUAUUUGUCUUUGCGAAGGUUGAUGGUGUGGCUUGCCGAGCCCACUGUGAGGAUGAGAUUGAUGGCUGUUUUGGUUGACGAUUGCAAGAAUCUGAGGGGGGGUGCCAUGGCUGGUGCAAUCCACAUGCAUGCUCAGCAUGGUGAUCCACUGGUUAGGGAUUUCAUGAAGAGGUUGCUGAGAAGGGUUUGUUCACCUCUGUAUGAGAUGGUGAGGAGUUGGGUUUUGGAAGGGGAGUUGAAUGACAUAUUUUCCGAGUUUUUUGUCAUCGGACAAGCAGCAAACCUCAAAACUGAAGCCUUAUGGCGAGAUGGGUACCAUCUUCACAGUGCCAUGCUACCGUUGUUUAUCCCAGAGCCUCUUGCAAAGAGGAUUUUGAGGACAGGGAAAUCUAUCAAUUUUCUACGAGUGUGCUGUGAGGAUCAGGGCUGGGCGGAUGCUGCUGCAGAAGCUGCUGCUGCUGCAGGGACCUCGACCAGGAGGGGUGGCCUUGGUUAUGGGGAGACCGAGGCGUUGGAGACAUUGGUUGUCGAAGCAGCUAAAAGGAUAGAUAAGCAUUUGAUAGAAAUAAUGUAUGGCCGCUACAAAUUCAGGGAACAUUGCCUUGCAAUUAAAAGAUAUUUGCUUCUAGGCCAAGGCGACUUCAUUCAGUAUCUCAUGGAUAUUGUGGGUCCUGAUCUAUCCCAACCUGCUAAUACUAUAAGUUCCUUUAAGCUUGCAGGGCUCCUUGAAAGUGCAAUUCGUGCCUCCAAUGCCCAAUAUGAUGAUACAGAUAUAUUGGACAGGCUGAGAGUAAAGAUGAUGCCACACAAUAGUGGUGAUAGGGGCUGGGAUGUAUUCUCAUUGGAGUAUAAUGUAAGAGAUCCUCUGAACACUAUCUUUACAGAAGCUGUCAUGACUAGGUAUCUUAAAAUUUUCAACUUCCUUUGGAAACUUAAACGUGUGGAACAUGCUCUUAGUGCAACUUGGCAGACUAUGAAACCAAACUGCACUAUUGCGAGGCUAUUUGCCACUAAGGAUGGUGGAGGAAAGUUGCAACUUGUAGCAGUCUUAAGGCGGUGUCAAACAUUAAGAAAUGAGAUGAAUCAUUUUGUUACAAAUCUCCAGUACUAUAUAAUGUUUGAAGUUCUUGAGUACUCAUGGGUAGACUUUCUGGAUGAAAUGGAACAAGCACGAGAUCUUGAUGAACUUAUAGCUGCUCAUGAAAAAUACCUUGAUUCUAUUCUUGAGAAGUCUCUCCUUGGGGAGCGUUCUCAUCAACUGUGUAAAACAUUGUUUGCAUUGUUUGACCUCAUUUUGCGCUUUAGAAGUCAUGCUGAUAGGUUGUAUGAAGGUGCCCGUGAAAUGCAGGCUAGAGGUGAAAUGUUAUCGAGAAACAAGUCAAAGAAAGAACCUCAAAGGCUGGGAUCGUGGGUUGGGGGAGGAAGGAAAUCCUCAUUACAACUCACAGGAGAAUUUCUGCGUACCAUGGGAGAAGAGAUGGAUGCUAUUGCUGUUGAGCAUUCAUCUUUAUUGGAGGGAUUCGUUGCUCAACUUCCUCUCCAACAGCACGUUGAUUUGAAAUUUCUGUCCUUUCGUCUUGAUUUCACUGAAUUUUACAGCCAACAGCAUCCGACUAUGCACACUUCACCAAUUAAAUUGAGGAGAACUUCUUUGAGAGCAGGAAAACAGUCACAAAAUGAUUGAAACAUUGACAUUGUUUUGAAGUUUUCAUCCCAUUCUGAUUGAUCUUCAGUAGCCUUAUCAGUUCCUGAAGUUGCUACCGGUUUCAACGUUCCAAUUUGUUUAGGCUCUGGUUAUUUUUUUCAGCCUUUAACACCAUAUCAAUGAGUGGGAUAUUCUAGCGUGUGGCAUUGAUCGAAGGUAUUUCAGUAUUGUUUGGUUGACAAUAUUAUACGUAUUGUUGAAUAGUUCUCUAACACACUAUAGGCAAUUCAAAAUAUACUAAAUUGCUUUGUUGACCUUGAGUUGCCAGGAAGCAUUCCUUUCAUUUAUAUGCAGCAUUGAAAAUUGGCUGCCUUGUACUAUACGUGCUUUGUUCUUGAUGUUAUAAUUUUUUUUUUCAAUUUUCUGAUUUACCGUGAAUUUGUAAUAGCUGCUAUUCAAUACAAGGAAGAUCACCGAGUGCCAUGGUGAUCUUUAUUGCUUAAGUCACUAGUCUUGUAGCCAAAAUUCAAUUUACAUAAAUGGAGAAUUGCUUGUAUGAUUCAGAGUUUAACA